AUGGCCAGGUACAAGGUGACAGUGGCCACAGGUGAUGUGGCAGAAGCUGGCACCAACAACUCCAUCUCCAUCACCUUGGUGGGCAGCCGAGGCGAGAGCCGCAGGACCACUGUCUCCCUCUUGUUCCUGCCGGGACAGGAGAAGAGCCUGUCUGUGGACUGUGGGCAGGACCUGGGCCCUAUUGUCCUCAUCCGCCUGCACAAGUGGCGGCUCUUCUUGGAGGAUGCCUGGUUCUGCAAGGAUGUCCGGGUGACAGCCCCUGACGGCACCCUUUACCGCUUCCCCUACUACCAGUGGCUGGAGGGGGUCACCACGGUGGAGGUGCGGGAGGGCUCAGGGAAGAAGCUGGCGGAUGAUGAGCUGCAGAUCCUCAAGGAACAUCGGCAUCGGGAACUGGCGGCACGGCAGGAGGCUUUCCGGUGGAAGAACUACGCCCAGGGCUGGCCCCAUUGCCUCAGCGUGGGCUCCAUCCUCGAGUUGGACUCCAAUAUCCAGUUCUCCUCUGUCAGAGUCACUAACUUCACUGGUUUCCUCAUCUUACAAGGGGCCUCCCACUUUCUGUCAGGGUUCCUGCUGAGAAACACCUCCUGGGACAGUCUGGAUGAGAUGCGCACCAUCUUCUCCCGGACACAGGGAAGAGACAUUGUCCCUGAGUACGUGGCCAAGCACUGGCAAGAAGAUGAGUUCUUCGGUUACCAGUUCCUCAAUGGCAACAACCCCAUCAUCAUUCGAUGUUGCACUGUGUUGCCAUCCAAAUUCCCGGUGACGCCAGAAAUGGUGGCUGGCUCACUGGGGAGUGGCACUGACCUGGGCAAGGAGCUGCAAGAAGGUCGGAUCUUCAUCGUGGACUAUGAGGUGUUAGAUGACAUCCCAGCUGACACCAUCAAUGGGCGCCAGCAAUACGUGGCAGCCCCACUCUGCCUCCUUCACCAGGGCACUGAUGGGCUCCUGCGCCCCAUUGCCAUCCAGCUCAGCCAAACACCAGGACGCUCCAGCCCCAUCUUCCUGCCGAGUGAUGAUGAGUGGGACUGGCUGUUGGCCAAGACCUGGGUGCGCAAUGCUGACUUCUACAGCCACCAGCUCCUCACCCACCUGCUGAGGACCCACCUGUUCGGGGAGGUCUUCGCCGUUGCCACCCUGCGCCACCUGCCCACAUGCCACCCCCUCUUCAAGCUCCUCAUGCCCCACUUCCGCUUCACGCUGCACAUCAAUACCUUGGCGCGCUCCGUCCUCAUCAACCCCGGCGGCCUCAUCGACAAGGGCUCAGGGGUUACCUAUGAGGGGCUGAAGCUGGUGGUGCAGCGGGGCCUGGAGCAGGUGACCUACACGUCCCUGUGCCUCCCUGAUGACAUCCGCCACCGUGGCAUGUCCAAUGUCCCCAACUACCACUACCGGGAUGACGGGAUGAGCCUCUGGGAAGCCAUUGAGAGCUUUGUCACCGGCAUUGUGACCUUCUACUAUGGUGGGGAUGCUGCAGUGCGCGGGGACACGGAGCUGCAGGCCUGGGUGAUGGACAUCUUCACCAACGGCUUCUUGGGCAGGACCUCCUCAGGUGUCCCCUCCUCACUGCAGACAGUGGAAGAGCUCAUCAAGUUCCUCAGCAUGGUGAUGUUCACCUGCUCGGCUCAGCACGCAGCUGUCAACAAUGGGCAGUAUGACUUAGGCGCCUUCGUCCCCAAUGCCCCAUCCUCCAUGCGCCACCCGCCGCCCCGCGAGAAGGGACGGGCCUUCCUCCAGCACUUCCUCGACACGGUCCCUGAGGUGUCCACCACUGCCAACAUCCUAGUGACCCUGAUCCUCCUCAGCUCCCAACUCAAGGACAGGAGGCUCCUGGGACAGUACCCCGAGGAGCGGUUCACAGAGGCGGAACCUCGGCGGCUUAUCCGGGCCUUCCAAAGGCGGCUGGAGGAGAUCCGAGACCGGAUCGAGGAGAGGAACUACCUGGCUGAGCUGAGAUACAACUACUUGAACCCACUGGAGACUGAGAACAGCAUCUCCAUCUGAGUGCAGUGGCUGCACCCAUGCAGCACCCCCAGCACUCUCAGCAACCCCGGCACCUGGACACCCAAUGCACCCAGCAAGCCCAGUUCCCAGCUCCACCAGCACCCCACACAUGGCCACCCCCAACACUCUUGUCACCCAGCAUCCUGCACUUGGACAACCCCGGCACACCCAGGACCCCACACUUGGACACCCUCAGCACCCACCCCCUCAGCACCCUCAGCAUCC